UCACACACAGGCACAGGGGCAGGGGCGAGCGCACCGGAGCAUCUCAGCCCGGCACAGCAUCCCAGCCAGCCUGAGCGCCCCUCUGGUCCCCCGCCCGAGCACCCUUAAAAAAAAAGAAAACAAAAAAUAGAGGAAAAAAAAAAAAGUUUUAAAAUAUCCCACCUCCCUUCUUGCUUUUAUUUUGUUGUUGUUGUUUGAGUUUUGUGGUUUGGUUUGUCAGGAGGUUUGGUUUGUUUUUUUUUUUUUUUUUUUUUUUUUCUGAUUUAGCGAUGGCAAAUUCCUUCACGGCCAGGAGCUGGCCGCCCAUCCCCUGAGCAAAGGCAGCCUGGACAUGAGCGGCAGGCGAGGGAGGAGGAAUUUGGAUUCCCUUCGGAGGCCGGGGGGAGCCAGCGCGGGCAGCGGGGCUGGGACCGCUCCCCGCGGCCACUGUCCCCCCGCGGGGAUGCGGCACCGCCAGCGCCGGGACCGAGCCCUGCUGCAAUGAGAUCUUGAUGUGAAGACCUCAAAAUAUCAGCAGAGCCUUUGCUUCAGUCGCAAUCUCAGUGUUAAUGAACAAAACUUGUCCAAAAUUAGGAGAGAAGAUGGCCAUCAACUGGAAGGUCUGCUUCUUCAGCCUCGUAUUGCUUCCUGUGGUUGCAGCAACCCAUUCCAACUGCAUCAUCAAAAAGGAGCAAGAGACUUGUCUGGAGAAGAUCCGGAGGGCGACGGCCCUGAACCCUCUCAAUGAUUCCUCUCCAGGCUGCCCAGGAAUGUGGGACAAUAUCACAUGCUGGAAACCUGCAAGUGUGGGAGAAAUUGUCUUUGUCAAGUGUCCUGCACUCUUCAGAUUUAUCAUCUCUGAAGAUGGUUGGGAAGUGGAUAAUUUGGGGCAAACCCAUGCAGGUGAUUAUGACCUGCUGGAAAGCACAGCCCAGUCUCUCCUAGGGGACAUCAGCAGGAAUUGCACUGAAGAUGGCUGGUCUGAACCUUUCCCUCAUUAUUACGAUGCCUGCGGCUUCGAUGAGAACGAAACAGAGUCUGAUAACCAGGAUUACUACUAUCUCUCAGUGAAGGCUCUGUACACGGUGGGAUACAGCACUUCCCUGGUUUCCCUCACCACUGCCAUGGUCAUCCUGUGUCGCUUCAGGAAGCUUCACUGCACUCGGAAUUUCAUCCACAUGAACCUUUUUGUUUCGUUCAUCCUCCGUGCAAUAUCUGUGUUCAUCAAGGACGGGGUUCUUUAUGCUGAGCAGGAUGGAAACCACUGCUUCAUCUCCACGGUGGAAUGCAAAGCAGUGAUGGUGUUUUUUCACUACUGCGUCAUGUCCAACUACUUCUGGCUGUUCAUCGAGGGCUUGUACCUCUUCACUUUGUUGGUGGAGACCUUCUUCCCAGAGAGGAGAUAUUUCUACUGGUACACAAUCAUUGGCUGGGGUACCCCAACAAUUUGUGUCACUGUCUGGGCAGUGCUGAGGCUCCACUUCGAUGACACUGGCUGCUGGGACAUGAAUGACAACACUGCCUUGUGGUGGGUGAUCAAGGGUCCCGUGGUUGGGUCCAUCAUGAUAAACUUUGUGCUUUUUAUUGGCAUAAUUGUGAUACUUGUGCAGAAACUCCAGUCACCUGACAUCGGGGGCAAUGAAUCCAGCAUUUACUUCACCCUCCCUCUUCCUCCCAGAUGCAGCUGCAGUCCCUGCCCAGGACACUUGCGCAGCUGCGUUCAGAAAUGCUACUGUAAGCCUAAGAGGGCUAACCAGCACUCUUGCAAGAUGUCAGAACUAUCAACCAUUACCCUGAGACUGGCUCGCUCCACCCUGCUGCUGAUCCCUUUGUUUGGAAUUCACUACACGGUGUUUGCCUUUUCUCCUGAGAAUGUCAGUAAGAGGGAGAGGCUGGUGUUUGAACUGGGACUGGGAUCCUUCCAGGGUUUUGUUGUUGCUGUUCUCUACUGCUUCUUGAAUGGGGAGUUUCUCCCUAAAGGUGCAAUCAGAAAUAAAGAGAAAAUGGAGGAGCUGGAAAGUCAACCGGUAUUUUGCUGUGGAUUUCAAACAUCGCCAUCCUUCUCUAGCGAGCAGCGGAGUGAACGGGGGGACACAACUCUCCAUUCUGAGCAAGAGCAGCUCUCAGAUUCGGAUGUCCAGCAUAAAUGCAGAGAACCUGGCGACAUGAGCAGCUGAGGAGAGCAAAGCAACCAACGAGCAAACCAAAAACCAUCCCUUGAAAAAGAAAAAAAUGAAAUAAUAGUUUUGGUGGUGGUGCAGGUCUCGUUUCCUUGCCUUUCCUCUUCCUUUCCCCUUUCCUUUCCUUUCCUUUCCUUUCCUUUCCUUUCCUUUCCUUUCCUUUCCUUUCCUUUCCUUUCCUUUCCUUUCCUUUCCUUUCCUUUCCUUUCCUUUCCUUUCCUUUCCUUUCCUUUCCUUUCCUUUCCUUUCCUUUCCUUUCCUUUCCUUUCCUUUCCUUUCCUUUCCUUUCCUUUCCUUUCCUUUCCCUUUCCUUUCCUUUUUCCUUACCUUUUUCCUUUCCCUUCCCUUUCCUUUUUCCUUACCUUUUUCCUUUCCCUUCCCUUUCCUUUUUCCUUUCCUUUUUCCUUUCCCUUCCCUUUCCUUUUUCUUUUCUCCUUUCCUUCUCCUUUCUUCUCCUUUUUCCUUUCCUUUUCUGUUUUCCUUUUUGUUUCCUUUUUCCUUUUCUUUCUCCUUUCAUUUUUCCCUUCCUUCUCCUUUCCUUCUCUUUUCUCCUCUCCUCUCCUGUCCUCCCCAGAGGUGAAAAAACAAAGGAAAUGUGUAAAUAUCUCUUUUUAACAGUCACUGUAAAUACCCAGCUCUACUCAAGGCCAUUAAUGGAGAAUGUUUAAAAGACAAACAAGAGGCCAAACCCACCCACUCAACUAUUCCCAUUUCAGAGCAUCUGCGAGUAAUCCGUGUCCGUCCAAAGUAACAAGUGAUUGCUGUGCAGUUGUGAUCCUUGGCUGCCAAACUGAUCCUACUCUGUGAAUGGAGUAAUUUUUCCACUUGGUUUCCAUUUUGGGUUGGAUUUGCCUAUUUUUUGUUUUUCCCCAGUCCGACAUGUCUUAGCCUGUCCUUGUCUUUUGGCACGUGAAUUUCCGCAGUGUUUCUCUUUGGAGUCUUAGGAUGGAGCUAACGUGCUUGGGUUGAUCAAUCCAGCUUGAUUCAGGAGGAUCUCCAGAAAAUUGAGCUCAUGGCUGGAUUCAGACGUCCUCGAUGGAUUUAGAGGAACAGCUGUGCCAACACCAAACUGCACAUCAGUGCAGGAACUUCAGGCAAGAGCAGUGGGAUCCGCUGUGCUUACCAUACCCAGGGACGCUCCCAGCAAUGCUUUCUGUUCUCGCUAAGCUGUGAAUUUUCUAAAAGGGCCAUGCAGUUGAGAUAUAGCUCUAUUUUUGGCAUCGAUUGAUAGAUUGAUCAUUUGGACUCUUUAUAUCACAAAUAACUGUCCCUCCCCUCCCACCUUAAGAGCAAGAGGCAGUUCCAGGGUGGCCUUUCCCUCCAGAUGAUCUUGAACCUUCUGCUCCAGUGGCCACACAUGGCCUUGGUGGCUUUGGGGGCAGUGCUGUCACACAGAGUGCCGUGCUUUUGCAACCUGGUUGACUUCUGAGUGCUGACUCUUCCCUGCCAGAGCAAAGAGGCACGAGAAGGACCUGGUGGGAUCACCCUGGAAGGUAAAAAAAAAAAAAUCACCUGCAAUUGGUGAGGAAUAAAACCAACUAAACCGAAAACUAGGAUGGCACGGAAGGAAAGGAUAAAGACUUUGGAUGACUUCCCACACCUGGCAGUUCUCUCUCUCUCUCUUGGGAUAUUCUGUUUGUUUCACCACCAAUGGUCUUACUGCUUUUCUUAGAGAGGAACUCGAAUGUUCUUUCAACCUUUGCCUUGUAGUUAAAGCCACGACUGCUACAAAUCUACUUCAACCCAAUGUCGAUGAUGUCAAUUCUUAAGAAUCUUUAUACAGCGCAAAAAAGAAAGGCCUGGAGGGCCAUCCUAGCGCUCCCUUCACCUUGGAUUUAUGAAUUUAUGAACUGAGAAAUAUAUAUAUAUAUAUAUCAAAUAUAUAUAUAUGUGCGUGUAUGUGUAUGCAUAUAUUACAAACAAAGAUGAAAAUGGCAUUUUAAAUGUGAAGUUUUGAACUGAAACUAAUAGUAACCAGGAAAUUCAAAAUUCAGGCUUGUUCUUUGGUGUUAGUUGACAUGAUCAUAAACUAAAAAACAGAAAAAAAAGUGAAAUACUUGGAAUAUUAGUGUCAGCUGAGUGUGAGCUUUUAAUUUCACUGGUUUUUGUUAGUUUAAGUACAAAAGAAAAAAAGAGUUUUGAUGUCAUUUUAAGCAGAGAUUUUUAAAGAUAAUCCUAGUUUACUUAUUUUUAAAAGGAGAAAAAAAGAAAGGUCUCAGAAAGUUGUGAAAGAAAUAAUAAUUAUAAUAAUACUUAACACUUAUAUAAUCCUUUAUGGGAAUAUUCUGCUCUUGGCUGGAGCCAUCUCAAUGAAUGUAAAUUUAAUUCAAAACAGACAGAAAUGUUUUUUGAGGUCAUAUUGGUACAGGAUCAUGCUCUUAGGAGAUGGGGACAGCCCUGUCAUGUGAAAUCUGCUGUGGCACAGAAGACCAGCAAAACAGCUGAAACCACUUCCAUUGCACUCCAGGUUCAUAAAUGGGAUUUAUAUGAUCCAAACAUCUUUUUUUCCCCCAAGUCUGCGGCACUGAUUUGCUGCUCUGAGAGCAGAAUUUGUUUCCCUCUUCCCAGCUCUCUGCAAAAGUCAAAGUGUUUUUAACUGAUAGAUUGGCCCUUUGUCUUUCUUCAGAUGCUUCUUAAUGCUAUUUUAGAAUGUUUCUUUGGGAAUCAGGUACUUUGCUGUCCAGAAAAAUUUGGCAAAAGGCAGAUUUAUCAGGUAAAUGCAUGUUUGACAAUUUUCUGUAGGAUGGGUUUUCACAAGGAUUAUAUUGCCAACACUGUAAAUGUAUUAUUAAAAGAAAAAUAAAAAGAAGCUAUUUUUGCAUGAAUGGCCAUUAGCCAGUUUUCGAACAUUAUUAAAUUAGAAUUGUGGAGAAAAAGAUGUCAAAUAUCUGCCUCUAGCUGGAGACUUUUUCUUGUUUCAGCCCAGAGCAAGAAGCUGUUUGAAUCUUUAUUUUUUUUGCUGUUUUUGAAAUUAUUCUGAGCUUACAUCUGGGUUUUGUGUUUUCCUGGCCAUCCUAGAGUGCUCUGCAGUUUGAGUUGGUGGAUCUCAGUCCAGUGCCUUGUGGGCAAAUGUCCACAUCACCAAAACCACCCUCUGACCCUGCACACUGGAGACCAGGUCCUCAGCUAAAUUAAACCAGUACAGAAAAAACUGCUGUUAUUGUAAGAAUAAACUGCUUCACCUGGAACUGGGAUUUGGCCUCAGCACAUUGCUAUUACCAUUAGUUUUUGAUGGUCCCACAUAGAGAGUCCAAGGAUGGAAAAAUUGUGAAAAAUUGGAUUUGCUCCUUAAUUCCUUGAGCCAAUGCUCAGGAGUUUGGAGAGCAGUGGAGGGGAAAUUUCUAUUGUUGUAGACAUUGUGUUUAUUGUUCAGUAGAAAAAUUGAAUCUGUUCACCAGCAAUGAAUUUAGCAGAAGAAAUGGGAUCUUCGACAUAUUAAAUAGAAAAUAUGUUACACAAAAAAAAAAAAAAAAAAAAAAAAAAAUAAAAGCAAAACCUAUUAUGAUUUUAUUUCUCUGAAUAAAAGUGUCGAUGCACUGGCAGAUUUGGCUUUUCCCGAGUCACUGGAACUUUCCCAGUGUCCCUGGAAGGGACAGGUCACACUGGAUGUGGGCACAGUUAUGGGAUCCAGACUCUGAUGCCAUGGCACCAAUGAGCUCUCCACAAAUCUCUCUGUUGAAUGUAAGCUGCAGGUGCUGGCCAGGCGUGGCCACCCCACAGGGGCUGAUUUUCCAUUUGUUUCAGGAGGGAAGAAUCCAACAGGCAGUUUGCUUCUCUGUGUGUGUAAAUAUCAACCGAGUGUAACAGUGCUUUGUUUGAUUUUUUCACUGUGAAAUAUAUUUUGGAGCUAGAAAGGCUGUGUUAUUAAAACCAGUACACAAUUAAAACAAAACAAACAAAAAAAAAAACAGUGUGCAGUGCUCCUUGAGCCAUUUUUUCUACCAUGUCCAUAAUGUAUUUCCUGUCUAAUUUUCUUAUUUUGCUUUUAUAAAUGUACAGAAAACUUUUUUGUGCUGCAGGUUUUGUGACUAUUUACUGUAUCUAACCACUGUUUUGAUUAUUGACUUGUCAGUGUGGAGUGCUGGUACUGCAGGACAAUUCACAUCCCAAAAAUGAAAACUACAACCUAGAUUGUAAAGGAUGAGGCUGUUCCAUUGCUGCAUGGUGAUGUCACCUCCUUUUCCUGUCACUUUUAGUAUUUCUGGAACUCAGAGCCCAGGGAAAGAACCUUAAAUGCUUAGUUUUGGGAAGUUUUGAAUCAUAGAGGAAAACCACUCAAGUUCCUCUGCAUUAUUUAAAUAUUUGCAUUUGAAAACCAGGUAUUAAAAUGGGGUGGUGGGAGAAGGGAUGAAGGUAGGUGAGUCCAGAGGAAAAUGCAGUUUGGAAGUUAAAUCCAGACACUUUUUUGGGUGUUUGGCUGCUGCCUUUCAGCAUCUGUCUCUCAUUGCACCUUAAGAACAGUGCAAUGACAAGGCUAAAUCACAAGCAGAAGUGUCCAUGAACUGAUAAUUUGAGUUUCCCUUUGCAAAGAUGACUCUCCCUGGAUUCUCUCCAUCAUCAAUGGGAAUGAAGUUCAUAGAACCAACAACCAAGGCUGGUUGAUGACCUUGAAUGACAAAUUUGCUCCAACCUUUCAUGAGAAAGGGAGCCAGGAUGAGUUUAUCCCACACCCUGCCCAGUCACCUCUUGAAAGCCUCCCUUGACAGGGACCACACCUCAUCUCUGGGGAGGUUCUUCCCAUGAAUGGAUGUUCGCACUCUAAAAAAAUUCCUUUCUUAUAUCAAGAUGAUCCCUCUCCUGGUGCAGCUUGUCGCCCUUGUAUUCUCCACGUGGAUCCUUGUGGAAAAGAGAACUUUCAUCCUCUUUCUGACCACUCUUUUUGGUGAGGUGGCCACUGAGGCUUCUUUUCUCCAGGGAGAAAUUCCCUUAGUUUUCCUUCACUGCCCCCAUUGUCCAUGCUCUGAUGAUAUUAAUGGUUCUCCUUGUGACCUUCUCCAGUCUGGCCACUUUCUUGCAUUUUGAGGACCAGAAUGGGACACAAGAGAGAGUUUCUUGGACUCGUGCUAAAAACCUGACUGUGAGACUCCGAUCCUCCAAGGAUUCGUUACCAUAAUUUUUGCCUUGCCUAUUUAUUAUUAAAAUUGUGGCUUUUCAUAAUAUUUUCAUGUCAAAGGUGAAUGAAAUUCCACUUCUGCCUAGCAGGAUAGAUCCAGUGCUUGCAUAUGAAGGAACCUCUGGUCAGCUCAAAAAUUCAGGUUUUUUUCCAAAAGCCCCACAGACAGAAGAAACCAGUAAUUAAAAACAGGCAAAGCAAAAAUGACCAAGAACAAAACAUAUUCACUCAAAAUGAAGGAACCUCUUUAAUUGGCAUUACUUUCAUAUUAUUUUACUCCCAUUCCUAAACUGAUCACCUCUCCUUUUCAAAUUCAGCACCAUUUUUUCACCUUCUCUUCCCAUUGGAAAGUUACUGUAAAACUUUUUUAGCAGUUAAAAAUCCUUUAUCUGAACCUGGAGUUGAACUAACUCCUGGCUCACUUGGAUUCCUUGUCAUACUGAUCUUGCCUCCAGUUUCCUUCUCUUUUCCUGAGAUAUAAACAGCUUUAUUUCAGAUGAAGUCUCCAGUUUGUCUUUGAUCACACAGCUGCAAGAUAAGACUAAAAAUAGUCGUGCUAUUAAGCUGCGUUUCUCUCAGCUCUAAUCCAAAUUUGGGCAGCAAAACCAGUGCAAAGAACCAAAUACAGGCAGACAUGGAUUUGUUAAAAAUAGCAGGAAAAUUACCUGGAAGCAGCUGGCUAAGCAUCCUGGGGGAAAAGGAAAUAAGAAAAGAAAAAUAAAAAUUAAGAAAAAUAUUUCCAGUUCUUGAAAAUGUAUAAAUGAGAUUUGGGGUUUGAGCAAUUUUUGUUCAGCCAAACCUAAAAGGAAAAUAACUCCAAUAUUUUGCUUUUCUGUUUUCAGUUAUAAUCGUGCAAGGGAAGCUUUUCCAAACCAAUAGAUGUGACACACAUUCAGUCAAAAUGCUGCAAGAAAUCAUGAUUAAAACAGGUUGAAAUAUGCUGAUGGUGUCAGUUUGGGAGGUUUCAGUGCUUUUGUCUGACACUACUACUAAAUCUCUACUAAAUCUGACCUGUGAACCAUACAAAUAUCCAACUUUACACUAUUUUUCCAGCCCAGUCCUGACAGAAAUUAGAUAUCAAAAUUUCAGAGUUAUAGCAGAAAAAAAAAUUUGUUCACAGUGAAUUUAACAAACAGUAGCAACAAAAGAAAUGCAAACGCCAUUAAUUUAAUUGGCUUUGAAUAAAAUUAAUGCAAAGCCCAUUAAUUUAAUUGGCUUUACCUGCCUUGGUAUCUGAACUUGGGUUUCAAGAGGGUUUCAGAAACAAUUGCCCAUGUCAGAGGUUUUCAGUCUGUGAAAUUUAUUUAGUUGGAGGCAUCAGAGCCCAGAGAUUAUUUUUGAACUGUCCAUAGAUGAUUUUUAAGGAAAUUAAGUUCAUUUUUUGUAUAGCAAUAGAUUCUUUAAGGCUAUUGAAGAGCUUUAGCCCUUUCUGUAUUUAUGCAAAGGCUCCCACUGAUCAAAAACCUAGAAAAUUCAAUAAAUUAAGAUUUUCCCCAUAAUAUUAUGUGAUUCCACAAUCAAAAACCUAAAACAUUCAAUAAAUUAGAAUUUUCCCCAUAAGUUAUGUGAUUUCACAAUACCAGACCUUCUCUUUUGUUCCAAGAUCUUUCUCAUGGGGCAAGGUUCCAGAGCAAGGUGAGCUCAUAUUAUUAAUAUUGUUUUUCUGUGACCACAGCAUGGGAGGUCUAAAGGCUUGGUGAGAACAGGAUUUUGGACACCACAUGGGAUCCUGCCUGACAGGUUUAGUGUCUGCUGUAGCUCCUAAGUCAUAUCUGUGGAUAUCUAGGAAAUAUAUAAAUUCACAUAGUGGGAUUUGGUCUAAACUCAGACUUUAUCAUCUCAGUGGUUCCUUAGACUCUUUUUCUGCAGCUGUGAAAACAUAAUGAAAAAAUACAGCCAAAUAUCUGUUCUUAAGUAGUUUUCUUCCUUAGCAGUUGAAUAUUCAGGGCUGUAUUAGAUGUGCCCCUUUCAACAUCUGGCACUACUGGCAUGAGUUAUUCUGGCUCAGAGCCAAACCUCUGGAAGAGAUCUUGAGCAGAAGUCUAAGGACACACCCACAUCACUUAGACACCAAAAGGGAAGAUUUCUUCCUUUAAUCUGGUUUCUGCACUUUGCCUUUUUGGUCACUAGAGAGAAAUGAGAAAUUUCAGAGGAGAAGCAUCAAAAAGUUUUAAUGUCUGCUCCAGGGUGAGAUGAUUCACACUUUGCAAUUGGCUGUUUCUCUCCUCCAGGACAUCUCCCUGACCAGACUAGAGACAGAUGCUGACCCUGGGGAGGCCGAGAUAGAAAUUGAUUUUCCCUGGCAACUUUGCCCAAUCACUAUUGUUUUGUCUCAUGCAUGCUGAGAAAUGAUGGUCUUGAAAAGUGGCUCCUGUUGGGUAUUACCGACCAGAUUUGGGGGAGGUGGAUGCCUGGUAAAGAGUUAGGAGCUCUUAUGGAGAGUUUUAGGAUGCUUUGUUCUCCCUGUCAGAUUCUGUCCACACAGCCAGCACUUCUGUGUCCAGAAACAAAACAUAGCAACAGUGCACAUGCAGUGAAAAAAAAUAUAACAGAAAGGAUUUUACCCUCUGAUUUUAGCAGUCAGGCACAUGCAACCAGCUCAGAAUUGCAUUUAAGAACUAGGUAGGAGGAUAUGGAGGAUGCAGCAGCAGCUGAGGAUGCUCUGAUGUUGAUGAUGCUCCGUGUAUAUCUGUACUAAAGAGCUAAGUUCAGCUAAAUACACAUUGUACUUUGUGUAUGAAAACACACCAGCAGAGCUUGAACAAUGUUUUGAACCUCAUGGUCUUUCACCUUCUUAUGAUUCAAACUGCAAUUUCCCAUUGGCUUUCUUUUGGGGAAUUCAUCCAUGUGAAGAAUUACUGUGUGAUAUGACACUGUGUGAUAUGACACUCUUCAGUGUCUGAAAUUACCUAGGCUUCUGCAUAUGCCUUUCCCAAUGGACUUUGUGCUUGCAGAGAAGUCUCAAGAGGCCUUUGUGUAUCAGUAUAAUCUGUAAAAAAACAAAUAUUUGGUGUGUUCAUUCUCUUUCCCUUCUCCUUGUCAAUUUAGUGGCAAUGCAACCUGCUAUAGCUCUGAGAAGAACCAAGUUGUUGGAUGGAAAGCUGUAUUUUGGCUUUUGACUGUGUCAAGGUACAAAGUUACUGGCCUGUUGGGUCUAAUACUGACCUUUUUUGGUCAAAAUUGGUUUCAUUGGUAAUGGGAUCUGGGGUUAUUCAGCUUUGUUAUGAGGUGGAAACACAGAUAUCAACUGCUGCUUUCUAACCUUUUUUGUGUUUUGAGAAAUUGUUUUUAACAUGUAUACUGCUGUAGAUGACACAAUAAAUGUAUUAUCAUUUUGUAAAA